AUGUCUUCUCCAUUGAAUGCGGCCAAGAUCCGCAAGAAGAAGAAUGUCAAGAAGGGUAUUCAAUUCUCGAUGAUGGUAUGCGGUGCAAGUGGUACAGGAAGGACAACAUUCGUGAACACAUUAUGCGGGAAGAGGGUACUCGGCCAGAAAGAAGCAGACGACGCCGAAAAUGCGCACCUGGAAGAGGGCGUCAGGAUCAAGCCAGUCACUGUUGAACUUGAGCUCGACGAAGAAGGUACAAGAGUAUCGCUGACCAUCGUGGACACUCCUGGCUUUGGCGAUCAAAUCGACAACGAAGCCUCGUUCGGAGAAAUCGUUGGCUACCUCGAACGACAAUACGACGACAUUCUGGCUGAGGAGUCCCGAAUCAAGCGUAACCCAAGAUUCCGAGACAAUCGAGUUCAUGCCCUCCUCUACUUCAUCACACCAACAGGCCAUGGCCUGCGCGAAUUGGACAUUGAGUUGAUGAAGAGACUGUCACCUCGUGUCAACGUCAUUCCCGUUAUUGGCAAGGCCGACUCCCUGACACCUGCUGAGCUGGCUGAAUCGAAAAAAUUGGUCAUGGAAGACAUUGAGCAUUACAGGAUACCGGUCUACAAUUUCCCUUACGAUAUCGAAGAGGACGACGAAGACACGGUUGAGGAAAACGCUGAGCUGAGGGGACUGAUGCCUUUCGCGAUUGUGGGCUCGGAAGAUGUGCUUGAGAUUGGUGGCCGAAGGGUCAGGGCAAGACAGUAUCCAUGGGGUAUUGUUGAGGUCGACAAUCCACGCCAUUCCGACUUCCUGGCUAUCAGGAGUGCUCUCCUGCACUCUCACUUGGCCGACUUGAAGGAGAUUACACAUGAUUUCUUGUAUGAGAACUACCGUACCGAGAAACUUAGCAAGAGUGUGGAUGGCGGCGUUAGUGCACAAGAUUCGUCCAUCAACCCAGAAGACCUCGCCAACCAAUCUGUUCGUCUCAAGGAAGAACAACUACGCCGUGAAGAGGAGAAACUUCGAGAAAUUGAAGUCAAAGUACAGAGGGAAAUCAAUGAGAAAAGACAAGAGCUGCUGGCUCGAGAGAGUCAGCUGCGUGAGAUUGAGGCCCGUAUGCAGCGAGAACAGUCUACACACGGUGCUGAGCUCAACGGCGAUGCUCAAUGA